AUGUCCGGGAGAGUAGGAGGACGCGGUGGCGAUGGCGGACGUGGACGAGGACGAGGACGUGGACGCGGCGGCGGCGGCGGCGGCAAUGCUCGGGGUUCUGGCCGUGGAGCGCCAGUUCCUCCACCACCGCAUGUUGCUUCUUCGUCUUCUUCUUCGGCGCCUGAGUCGUCUAUUACCCGAGAUUUGGAGAAAAAGCUGUCCGUUGAUGAUUCUCCUUCUGCUGCUGCAUAUGGAAGCGGUACCAAGCUUCACGGUGGCGACGGCGGUGAACCCCAACAACCAACGACGACGACGUCUCCGGCGGUUCAGGUUCCACCGUCUUCGUCCAAGGCUAUUACGGUUCCCAAGAGACCUGGAUACGGGACCCUAGGCCGGAAAUGUGUGGUUAGGGCUAACCAUUUUAUGGUUAAGCUUCUUCACAACGAUCUUAUCCUUCACCAUUACGAUGUGUCAAUGUCGCCAGAAGUUAGGUCCAAGAAAGUCAGCAGGGAUAUCUUGAAACAGCUCCAACAGAAUUAUAGGGUCUCACAUCUGGGAAACCGAAUGCUAGCUUAUGAUGGCAAGAAAAGCUUUUAUACUGCAGGGGAACUGCCUUUCAAAUCCAAGGAGUUCAUUAUCAAGCUUUCGGAGCCUGGAGAAAGGGAGCGGGAAUUUAAGGUCUCCAUUCAGUACGCUGCGAAGGUGGAUCUUUAUCACCUUCAGAGAUUUCUUAGUAGUAAGCAACUUGAUGUACCUCAGGAAACUAUCCAGGCGCUUGAUGUGGUUCUCAGGGAAAAGCCUUCUACCGAUUAUGUAGUAGUUGGCAGGUCAUUCUUCCACCCGUCUCUGGGUGCUAGAGGUCCCCUAGGAGAUGGCGUGGAGUACUGGAAGGGUUUUUAUCAGAGCAUCCGUCCAACUCAGAUGGGUCUUUCCCUGAAUAUUGAUGUGUCAGGGACAGGAUUUUAUGAGCCUUUGUUAGUGACUGAAUUUGUUUCCAGUUUCCUGAGGAAUGACUUAACUCGUCCCCUAUCUGAUCAGGACCGGAUAAAGGUGAGAAAGGUCCUCAAAAAUGUUAGGGUGCAAGUUAUCCAUUCAAAUGUUCCGAGAAAGUACAAAAUUUCCGGCAUUACCACUGAAUCCUUGAGCAGAUUAUCGUUUCAACACGAUGAAGUCAAUACAACGAUAGUUGAUUACUUUCGCCAAAAGUAUAACUAUGUACUUCGACAUACAGCGUUGCCUGCACUGAAGUGUGGCAGUGAUGAAAAGCCAACUUAUUUACCCAUGGAGGUUUGCAAAAUUGUUGCGGGGCAGAAAUAUUUGAAAAAGUUAAAUGAAAAGCAAGUUGUUUCCCUGUUAAAUGCUUCAUGUCAAAGACCAGAUGUGAGAGAGGAUGAAAUUAGAAAGACUGUUGGCAAACAGAAUUACAGUGGUGAUACACUUUUGAAGGAAUUUGGGGUUCAAAUUAGCACUGCACUUACAUCCAUUGAGGCACGGGUUCUUCCUCCGCCCAUGAUAAAAUAUCAUGAGACGGGGGAGGAAUCACUAGUUCAACCAAAAGUUGGUCAGUGGAAUAUGAUUAAUAAGAAAAUGGUUAGCGGUGGGAGGAUAGACCAUUGGGCUUGUGUCAGCUUCUCGAGAAAUGUCGACGCAAACAGGUUUUUCAGAGAAUUAAUUGCUAUGUGCUCCAGCAAGGGAAUGGUAUUCCAAUCCCAGCCACUGAUUCCAGCUCAAACAGUUACCAAUGGUCAAAUUGAGAAGGCUUUGAUUGAUAUUCACGACAAGUGUAUUGCAAAACUCAGAAACUCGAAUACAGGAUCGAAACAACUCCAAUUGUUGCUUAUAGUUCUGCCAGAUCACAAAGGAUCUUAUGAAACUAUCAAGCGAAUUUGCGAGACUGAGUUGGGGAUUGUCUCGCAAUGUUGCCGCCCAGAGAGAGCAGGAAGAUUUAAUGCGCAGUUGUUGGAGAAUUUAGCCCUUAAGAUCAAUGUGAAGGCUGGUGGGAGAAAUGCUGUUUUAGAACAAGCUGUUCGACGCAGGAUACCAUUUCUGACUGACCGUGUGACCAUAAUUUUUGGUGCUGAUGUAACGCAUCCUCAACCUGGGGAGGAUUCUGGCCCUUCAGUUGCAGCUGUUGUCGCUUCCAUGGAUUGGCCGGAGGCCACCAAGUACAGGGCACAAGUAUCUGCACAGCGCCAUAGGCAGGAAAUAAUCCAGGAUCUGUGCAAAGUAGAUCAGAAUGGGAAAGUCGGAGGGAUCAUAAGGGAGCAGUUAAUUGCUUUCAGAAGAUCGACUGGGCUGAAGCCUGAGAGAAUUAUUUUUUACAGAGAUGGAGUUAGUGAAGGCCAGUUUAAUGAGGUGUUGCUUCAUGAGAUUGAUGCAAUCAGGAAGGCUUGUUUAUCACUGGAAGCAGGUUAUAUGCCUCGUGUGACUUUUAUUGUGGUGCAGAAGAGGCACCAUACUCGUCUCUUCCCCAUGAAUCAUAAGGAUCGCUAUGCGACUGACAAGAGUGGCAACAUUUUACCAGGAACUGUUGUUGAUACUCAGAUUUGUCAUCCAACUGAAUAUGAUUUCUACCUUUGUAGUCACGCCGGAAUUAAGGGUACUAGUCGCCCUGCGCAUUAUCAUGUGCUGUAUGAUGAGAACGGGAUUGGCGCAGAUGCUUUGCAGAUGUUAACUAACAGUUUGUGCUACACGUAUGCGAGGUGCACUAGAGCUGUUUCUAUAGUUCCACCGGUGUAUUAUGCUCACUUAGCUGCAUUUCGAGCUCGCUACUACCACGAAAGUGAAUAUUCUGACAGUGGUUCUCGUGGUGGUGGUGGUGGGAAUAUGCCAAUGAGGGAGCCAACGGGAGAAGUAAAAUCACUGCCUAGCAUCAAAGAAAAUGUCAAGGAUGUCAUGUUCUUCUGUUGAAGAAAACUCCACUAUUGGAAAUGUAAAUGAUGCUGCUACUUUCUGCUGAUGAAGAAAGUUGACUUUUGUGACAAAAAUUAGACUUGUAGUAACUAACUAGUAACUAGUCUAGUCGUAUCUGUUCCUUGCUAGUUUAGCAGGGCUCUUCUAGUUUUUGCUUUCGGAACAUCUGCUAUCUUGGUCUUCUGGAACCUAAUUUUGCUUAUCGAAAACGAAUGAACAAAGUUCUGGUUAGAUUUUGAUUCUGUGUAUGAACCAUAUACAGACUUCGUUUGGCAUCACUGAGAUCAGAACAUUUUUUUGUGGUUAUCCGAGUCUGGGUUAUGGAGCAUUACAAGUAUUUAUGAUUAGACAGAUUAUCUGUGCAGCUCUUCCUUAGAAAUCAGAUAGAACCAUCCUUUCUUCAAAUCAUUUCCGGUUUUUGUUUUCCCCUUUUAGAGAGGAAAAGCUUGAUCUGGUUCUAAAUACGUACACCCAUGGAUGGCAAAAUCUUGUUGAUAGGUGUCUAAUCACUGAAGUACAAAAAGGGGUAAUAACAAGAAAUGAAGUCAAAUGGUACUUCUACAGAAGAGAUCAAGUAAAACAGUGGUCCUGUAGCUACAAGAAUUCCACCAUCACAGCAACAACCUAUAAAUAAAUAAAAGAUUACCCGCCAAUUUCUAUAUAAAUUAAUAUAUGAGGUACAAACUAUACAAAGGAAUCAAGAGUAUGAAGUCCAAAACUUCCCUUUCUGAUGUUAUAAAUAUGAGAAUCUGCUAAACAGAUAUAUGCACAAGAAGGAAAGCAAUGUGGUAUAGGGUAUCAGACUGUGUGGGUCAACCCUGGGAGGACUAUUAUUAUCAAUCUGUCCCGCAUUCACAAACUCGCUUUUACCGUUACCUGUGGCCGUCGAGACGUUAAUCGAUGAUGCACCUGAUGAGAAGAGGUUAAUCGUUUUAGAAAUAAACACCAAAUGAACAAAUAAGUCAUUAGAUGUUAAAAUCGAACUUGAUUUGAGACUCUUUAACUAGGAGUAGCUAUGAAGGAACUUACAGUCAUAGUUAACCCAUCCAAUCCGUUGGCCAGCCAAAUCGUACACGAUAAUUUUGUCUUUGAGGACAAGGUCUGAAUAUAGAAAGAAAAUGACAAGAGGAUGAUCUCAAAUUCACAUGUAGUUCAAAAAGACAACACAAGGGAAAGAACUUCACAUGCUGUAAGUAUUUGAGUAAAGGAGGAUUAUUUAAAGGCCACCCUAGAUAAGUAUUUGAGUAAGACUGUGAUAUUGGUGUAGCAAUAUCAACCGAGUAACAUCGGAGAGGUCAAAAGCGAUCAAGACAUACGACUAACAAUGAAAAGAGCAAAAGACUUAGGAAGUCACGGACUCCCAGCCGGCAGACUACAAGUUGCACAAACAUAAUUUCCAAAAUGAAUUCAUUUGAUAAAUUGCUAGUCACUGCUCUCCAAGGAUGUACUUACGUGGAUACCACACAGAAUAAAUUCUAAAAUACAAGUAUAAGAACUCACAAGAGUGCGUAAGAUGUUCGUACAUUUAAAAAAGUAUGCAUCUUUACCAAAAACCCAUCAGACCAUGUGUUUUAAUUGUUAACCCCAAAGAAAUCAAAUUAAAAAUGAACUGUCUCAUACCUCCUAAAAUUGUCAGGCCCUGACCCUGAAUUUUUUGGAAACCAAUACACCAAACUGCUGCACCAUU